GCUGCUCAGUCGUCGUUGCCUGUACAGCACGACAAUAUAGUUGACUUCAAAGUUUGUCACGCCAUCACGCCACCUGGAUCGAAUUUAUUUCUUCACAGAGUGUCCUAUCUAAGAUCCUGUCCUACUAUAACCGCAGGGGUUGUGGUCUUUGAUUUGACAGUGUGCCAGCUGUGGGUUUAGAGCGAGGCAUUGAUUGCAGACCUAAUCAGACGUUGGUUCUAAUCAAAACCUCAUUUCUUCCGUGUAAUACAACCAGUUUUUCGAUAAACUUCGUCUUCGACAAGAGUGCCCACAAGUUAUGUACCAAUUGACGUGAUUGAAAAAUCUCGCUUUCACUUUCCAACCAUUCGUGAAACCAGUUUGUUUUUUACAGAAAAAAACUUGUGCUCAGUCUGGUAGGCUGCUUCAACGCACUGUGCCCGUGAGUUAUAUUUUCCAAGUGUUUACAGUUCUGUCUGUGCGCAGCGCGUGCAACGUCGGUACUACCUACUACGCUGCUACAUGGCAUAUUAUAAGUAAAAUUGACACGUUUUUUUCGCAAGGAAAAUCCGAGAAAACGUUGCGUCAAACAUGGCCGCGUUUUUUGUUCUUACCGUUCCUACAGCGGCUUACGAACAAAAACUUUUGGCCGAUCGUGAUAAGAAUGUCGAAGAUAAACAACUGACGACGCCUUUGCCGAAGGGAAGUGUCAAGGGAUUCCUGGGUUUGGCUCCCGUACAGGAAUCGACUUUGCUUCAAAAUCGUCGUUUAGAUGCUGGCUUGAAAUCCAGCAGCAUCGCAUUGGAAUCUGCAACGACAGACCAGCCCGUCGACGAACCCGGUCAAUCGAACUUCGUCUCAAUAGCUAGUGUACUCACUAGUACUCUUGAUGAGCUCAAAGUCAAUGACGUCGUUUGGGGACGUUCGAGCAACGAUAAAUAUUACCAGGUGACUUUUCCUUCCGGUAAAAAUAAUGCUGAAGAAAUUCUACAAAAACUUCGAAUCCUAGGAAUUGGUUCAAUUUACGAUACAAAAUUGAGCGUGCUCCAGUGUUCGUUGCAGUACAACAGUCAAGACACCUUCCUGAUAGACAACAAAGUCGAGACUUCAGACGCAGAAACUGAUGCAGACACUGAUGGUGAAAAAGCUGCUGAACGUAAAUUGCUUUCUAAAACGUCAAGAAACGAAUUCAUUCAGUCUAUAAAGUCGCGACUCGCUGUUGCCCAAGUCGUCGAAGGAGUCCGUGCGAGUGCUGUUCUCUCGUUUGACUUCAUCAUGUUCGUCCUUCUUGCAGGUAUGUUGGCGGCGUUGGGGCUAGUCGAAAAUUCAUCAGUCAUUCUUGUGGCCUCUAUGUUGGUGUCUCCUAUGAUGGGCCCUAUUUUGGCGGGAACUUUUGGAACUGUUAUUCAAGACCACAAUCUUCAGCGUUUGGGCGUGAAAACUGAACUUAUCGGACUAGCGUUAUGUUUGACGUUCGGAUUCGCAUUCGGCAUCGUGUAUACUUCUAUUGCAAAUUGGAACGAUGGUUUCUGGUUGAAAGAUGAAAUGGUGGCAAGGGGACAACUGCGUUCACUAUGGGUGGGAGUGCUGAUAGCCCUACCCUCAGGUGCAGGUGUUGCGCUCAGUGUGUUGGGUGGGAAUGCUGGCUCUCUAGUGGGUGUUGCGAUAUCCGCAUCGCUCUUACCACCUGUUGUAAACUCGGGUUUAUUGUGGGCGGCCGCGUUAACUAAGUACAUAGAAUUCCAAAUUUCAAACAACAGCAGCGUAUUGGUUGCACCCGAGACUUAUAAAACUACAUACUCUGAUAAUAUGGCAGAAGAGGCAUUGCUGCUUGGUGCUGUUAGCCUCUGUUUGACCCUUCUAAACAUUUUUUGCAUAGUUUUGAUGGGAGUUAUCGUCCUUAAGAUUAAGGAAGUAACGCCCGACAAAGAAGCACCAAAUACCAGGCGGUUCUGGAGUCAUGACAUCAGAGAAGUGCGAAACUACAAUAAAACACUAGCCGGAAAAGAAGCUAAAAGUUUAAUAACUCAAAUCCACGAAGAAAUAAAUGCCAAACUGGAGCAAGAAGACGCAGCGGCAAGUGGUACAUGGAGGAACUGCGUACAACAGAUUUUCACCGAUCCUGUAUACCAGACAGUCCGAAUGAAGAGUGCUUAUCUUUCUCCUGAGAUCACACAAAUGACUUGGCAUCCAAUUCACAAACAACCUACGUCUAAUUUAAAUAGCCCAACAACAAUUGAAUCAACACUAUUAAAGCAUUCGGAAAAUAAUCAAUUUCAACGUUCCGUUUCUGUCCCGCGAGGAGCUGUAGAACAGAAUGUUAAUAGAGUCAAACUUGGAACCGUGACUAGAGAAAGACAGCUUUUCACUAAAUAUUCACAUCAACAAACUCCGUCACCCACAAGAAAAAUUACUUGGAAUUUUCCGUUCCAAUCGAACGACAGCCGUCAAGGUCGGUUUAUCAUCAGUAGAGCUGAUAUUCCAGUUGGUUCACGACGUCCAAGACGGGCUAGUCGAAAAGAAGAGUGCACCGCUAAUUUGUACGAUCUCCAUGAUUUAGUGCCCUAGAACAUUUUCAUUAUCCAUUUACGCAUCGGUUUCAGAAUAUUUAUCUUGUUAUAUUGUGAAAAAUGAAAUAAAAAUUGCUUAUUAGUACGAUGAAUACGGAAUAAAUUACAAAAAAUCA